GUUGUAAACCCAAAAUAUCAUCUUUCGAAAAUGGUUUUAAAAAUCGUCUUCAAAAGGAUCUUGCCUAGUGUGGUACUGUAUUAUGCUGCCGUACAAUCGUACCUUGUCUACCAUCUUUUGUACAGUGAAGGCAAGAUACGUUUACCCAAUACAACCGAGAUUAAACCUCGACAACCAAGAAACACUUUGGUUGAAAACAUCCUUGCCAUGUACCAAUGCAGAGCAGGAACUGGAAACUUUGUAACCUUUACCGACGAUGUUGUAUUUGACGACCCGACUAUUCUGGUAAUGGGAAAAAAAGAUGUUAUGAACAUUGCUUUAAUGAUGAGAUCAUUAGCAACAUCGGAAACUGUGAGCCUAAAAGAAUAUCAUUUUGAGGAUCAUUUUAUCCUUGAUAUGAGACACAAAUACACAUUCCUUGGAAGAGKUUUUGAUGUGCCGUCGGUGUUAUAUGUGGAUCURGAAGGAACAGGAGAUGACCAAAAAGUACGACAAUUUCACGAAGAAUGGUUCGGCAAGAGUCUCAUCACUCCUGGAAACACAAGAUUCCUUUUYACUGGAAUUACCUCGCGAUUUUUUAGACGCAUUCAUGGUAAACUGUUCAAUCUUGUUACCUUUGAAGAACCCAAAUAGAUCAACUCGAAAAGUUCACAGACUUUUGUAAAUUAAAUUCUGUAAAAGUCAAAAAUAAUUAUAUGUAUGAUAUAUUAAGUUGCAUUGUGUGUAAUCUCUAGUAAAAAUGUAGUUAAAACUCACUUUGAAGAAAAAAGGGAAACACAUUUUUUCUAAUAUGUUAUUUAGAUACCAAUUACCAAAAUAUUAGUAUCAUGCAAAUUACUAUGUAUGCAUAUAUUAAUUCCUAACAUUUWCAGAAUUUAUGAAAAAGGUUUAUAGCUU